GUCCGUGCAUAUUUUGCAACGGCCAGCAGUAGCGCAACCCUCCCAAGGAAGGCCAGUUCGGUGCCCGUCUACUUCUGAAGCAAGCAGUCUCAGCUCCACUCUCGCUCUCAAAUUCUUCUCCCCCACGCCGACCCCCGCUCUCGAAUUUCGCUGUCUCUGAGCUCGCCGGUUCAAACGCGGAGGGAAGAUUCUUUUGGCUGAUCUUCUUCUUCGCUGGGGCUUCCUCGUUUCGCCGGACGGAGAAAUGUCUCAGCCCGGAAAAUUGACGCCGAAUCUGGACCAGAACAGCACGAAGGUGCUCAACCUCACCGUCCUGCAGCGACUCGAUCCGAGCAUCGAAGAGAUUCUGAUCACCUCCGCUCACGUCACUCUCUACGAGUUCAACAUCGAGAGCAACCAAUGGAGUCGCAAGGAUGUUGAAGGAUCUUUGUUUGUCGUCAAGAGGAAUACUCAGCCACGGUUUCAGUUCAUUGUGCUGAAUAGGCGAUGCGCAGAUAAUUUGGUAGAGAAUCUGCUUGGAGAUUUUGAGUAUGAAGUUCACGUUCCGUACUUGUUGUAUCGUAAUGCUGCGCAAGAAGUUAAUGGCAUUUGGUUCUACAAUCCACGUGAAUGUGAGGAAGUUGCAAAUCUCUUUAGUAGGAUACUCAGUGCAUAUUCAAAGGUGCCCUCAAAACCAAAGUCUUCAACCAAAAGUGAAUUUGAGGAACUUGAAGGAGUUUCAAGCAUAUCUGUCAUGGAAACACUGCUAGAGCCAUCGCCAAAUGCUCCUGCAAUUAAUUCUCCUGAAGAUUCAACAGCAUUUAUGAACUUCUUUAAUAUGGCUUUGAAUAUUGGAAAGCAUGCUGACCCGGCGAAGUCUAUGCAGCACAAUCAUUCUGCUGCAACUGUGCCUUUAUCUCCCCUUGUACCCUCUGUUGCUUCAUCUCCUGCACCAAAUCCUGACAUGCUAAAUCUCUCUCUUUCAUCUUCCUAUUAUCCGAUAGGUCGGAAUGAUUCUUCUGAUCUCACCAGUAGCAGCGACCGAAUUAGCCGUCUAAUUAAGCCUUCUUCCUUUUUAUCGGCCCCAUCUUCCUCAUCUGCACUGUUGAUGCCUCCAAUCUCUCCUUCAAAUCCUACCGCCGCUUCCCUUCGUCCUCCCCUGAAUUUGCAACACCCACAUGGAACUCCACUGUUUAAUCCAUUCCCUCCUCCCGCUCCAUCAGCAUCUCUUACUCCUAGUCCUACUCCUCAGGCUGACAGACCCUUCAUCAACAGAGAGAGAGUUCGUGAUGCACUUGUUAUGCUUGUUCAGGAUGAUCAGUUUGUUGACAUGUUCUACCAGACAUUGCUGAAGGUACACUUCAAGUGAGCGAACAAAAAAGCUGGUCUUCCUCUCAGAUCGAUGGAAUAGGAGAGAUCGUGUUUUGUGCAUAGCUCUCUUUUGUGUCAUCUUAUGAAAUACAAUUUCUGGCAGGCUGUUGUCAAUAUGUAAAUGGUCUUGCUUUCCUACCCGGUCAACCUAUGAAACAUGGUCCAGCGUUCGUCUUUUGUUCUCUAUCGACAAUGUAGGAUCGUAACGAGAGAUGGAGAAUGUUUUACCAUGAGA